AUGGGACCGGUGACACAGUUGAGGAGCUGGCGCAAUCAUCUUGCGACGAUAUUCAGCAGGAACAUGAUCUUUAUAUGCAGCUUGAUGAAGAGAGUGUUUAUGAAACUUCUGAUGAGCAAGGACCAUACGAAAUGGAAAAGUCUUCAGAUGUUUCUCAAAAUUUGCGAGUCACUCCAGAUCAGAAUCAUAGCUGGCAGGAAGAAGAUGAUGUUGUAG